AUGACCGGCAAACACAAUAUCGAGACCAUCGACACCGUCCCCAAGGGGUCGCUUGGGUCUCGCAUUGGCGCCUUCUGCCGUCGAUUCUGGUGGCUGCUGGCCAUCAUCCUCGUCAUUGUCGUCCUGGUUAUCGUCCUCCCAGUUAUAUUCGUCGCAUACCCCAAACUGGCGCAGGAAGAUGUCUCGGCUUCCACCCUCACCAUCGCAGACAUGCAGACUACCAACCCAAGACCAGAUGCGCUGCACGUCAAGGUCACCCAGGUCAUCGGCUCCAAGUCAAAGUACCACCCUACUCUCGACCCCUUCGACGCCAAAGUCUACCUCGAGGGCCAGCAGGAGUCCUUCAUGACCCUCCACACUCCCCAGGUCAAGGCCGACGACGGAGUCAAGGCCAUCAUCGACCAAGACGUCAAGAUCGAGAACGCAGAGGGCUUCGCCGCCUUCUCCAAGGCCAUCAUGCUCUCCAAGGAAGUCAAGCUCAAUAUCAUCGGCACAACUAAGCUUAAGCUCGGUGGCCUGCAGAAGACGGACGUCGAUUACGACAAGACCACCACUCUCAAGGGAAUGAACCACCUCGAGGGCUUCAACGUCACUGAUAUCAAGAUCGGAAACAUUCCAGACACCGAAUACAACAUGAAGGGCAACGCCUUCAUCCCCAACCCUUCAGUCCUUACUCUGGACAUGGUAAGCCGACACCCAGUCAUUCAAUAUGUAUAUCUAUACUAACCUAUGUAGGGCAACCUCACCCUUAACCUGGCUGUCGACGGCCACCCAAUCGGCUACUCUGUCCUCCACGACGUUGUCAUCAAACCAGGAGACAACAACAUCCCCAUGUUCGCCAAAGCUGACCUUGCCUACGUCCUCAAGCAGACCGGCAAGGAAAGCAAAUACCCCAACGGUAUCGUCCCCGUCUCUAUCCUCGGCAACUCUAGCGUCGCCCACGGCAAGGAACUACCAUAUUACACCAAGGCGGUCGCCGCAAACACCCUCAUGGUCGACCUCAACGUCCCCGCCAUCCUAAGUGGAGGGAAAUAAAUAAUACCUAUUUGCUCUUGCUCUUUUCUUUCUUUUUUACUACCCUUACUUCUCGCUUUACCUUACUGAACUAAUGUAUGUAUGGAAAGGCUAUAUAUAUACCGGACGGGCACCAGGUUUGUUUUGCAUUCGAUUAUUUGUACAGACUUCUUGUUUUUUUCACCCUAUAUACCUAUCACGAUAAAUGAAUGAUACCUCACUUCAAUGUCCAUCCAUCCCCUUUUCCAUUCCCAGUCCAUCGCCGACCUAACGAUGCUACUUCCGUGUACACCAACCGAGCUGCCUUUGCCUCUAAGCAUGAUAACAAGCUUUUUCUAUUAAAUCAUAGCUUGGCCAUCAACCUAACUAGUGAUUAUUGCUUGCAUGCAUCUCGCCCUACCAACUCUACCAAAACGCCCUCCCAGGCCGAUCUUCCACGCUCACGAAGAAAAGGAAGAUCUUGCAAAUCACUUUCAGCCCUUUUUCUUCUUUCCCUUUUCCUGCCUCUGCUCUCAAACACUAACGUGCUGUCAAGAGGCGAGUCAAUGGAGUAGGCUCGUCUCCCAGCUAACUAACUACUACCGUCUUUUCUCUCACCCACCCUUCUAUCGCCCACUAGUAUGUCUUCGAUCGCAUCGCAUCGCGCCUAGUUUUCAGAUCGGUUGGUUAACUAACGUUACCGGGGAAACUAACCGGCCAUCUCCAGCCAACGAGGUUACUCCAAUUUCCUUGAACUUUUCAGCUGGGUCAUGCGCCCCAACCAGACUUCAAUUUUUUUCUUUCUUGGCAUCAUCGAUUCUACCAUUUACCCUAUGCCAAAAGUCGAGCCAGUCCACCCGACUGCACUUUUGCAACACAUGCCAUUGGCUCAUGCUGGUUCUGUUGGGUAUCGCGUCCCUCGUUGGUCUGAUGGAGAC